AAAAAGCAUGUGUUUCAUGUGUUUCUGAAUGUUUGAUAAACAUUGUCUAUUUUUGUGUUUCUUGCUUUAAGUUAUUUUUAACUAUCAUUGCUAUUAUUUUUUUAGAUGACCAUCAAUUAAAUUGUUACAAUGGGUAAACGUAAAUUGGACUCCAGUGUUAAGAAAAAGUUGGCAAACAAUGUGUCUAACAAUGAUAGAUCUGUGAUUGCUGUUGUUGGUCCUUUGGCUCAUCUCUCUAUUCCUUCAAUUUACAGUCGAAUGAGUAAAUUGAAAAAUAAGUUAUCAAUGUCCAUUUUAUGGUUAUGUUCAGAUGUUCCAUCAUACUAUGAAAGUGAUAAACGAAAAGUGGUUAAACUGCAGAAAAAGCUCAAAGCCGACCAAGAUAAUUGCAGUGAAGAAGAUUUGUUCACCAUUCUCCUGGAUCGAGUUCCGAUAAACUUUAUCCACUAUCGAGAUGAUUCGCCAUUAAUCAAUCAAGCCUUUGAUCUACUAGUUAUUCAAGAUUUUGGCAGUCUAACUGCCAACCAAUUGGCUUCUGCUUGUGAAUGUAUUCGAGCUGGUGGCUGUAUAAUUUUCCUUCUCGAUACAAUCAAAGACUUGAAAGAAUUGUAUAAUCUUAAAAUGAACGCUUAUAAGAUUUAUGAUAGUUCAUCUCACAAAACAAUAUCGUUGUUUAAUGAGAGGUUCCUUCUUUCUUUGAUGUCCUGUCCAACUUUUAUGGCUAUUGGUGAUAACCUGAAAUUGAUACCUUUAAGUAAUUAUGCAGAGCCGAAAAUAUCCGUCGAAGAAGUGUCUGAAGAUGAAAAUGAAUUGAAUGUUCUUAAAAAUUCAACUGCUGACACACAACCUCUUGGUUGUCUGCUCAAUUGUUGUAAAACUCUUGACCAGGCCAAAGCUGUUGUGAAAAUGGUCGAUGUUAUCUCGAAAAAAGAACGACAAGUUACCUGCUUCAUGGGUCCUCGUGGUCGAGGUAAAUCAGCUGCUCUUGGAUUAGGCGUUAUAGGAGCGGUUGCUUUAAAUUUUUCAAAUAUUUAUAUUACGACUAAUAAUUUGGAAGGUCUACAAAUUAUUUUCCACUAUAUUUUAAUGGGACUACAAGAAGCUGGAUACAAAGAGGGUGAAGAUUAUCUAAUUAUCCGUACAUCCAAAUCAUCUUUACUUUCAUCAUUCUCUUCGUCGCCACCAACUAUUUUGCCAUCAUCUGAAAAUGAGAAAAUAAUAACUCGAAUCAAUGUUUUCAGAACAUGUCGCCAGUUUAUCCAGUAUAUUUCACCAUAUGAUGCAUCAAGGGAUGAACUUUUCACUAAAUCAACCCAACUUUUGAUCAUUGAUGAAGCAGCCUCCAUUCCAUUCGAUCAAGUAAAGUCGCUUAUUGGUACCUUCAUUGUUUUUCUCAGCAUCACAAAUAACGGAUACAAGGCUAGCGGACGUUCUCAUGUAUCAAAUCUAAUGAAAGAUUUGAGACGUUUAUCAAGUAACCCACUAGAAGAGUUUACUUUAAGUGAUCCAGUUCUCUUUUCUAAAAAAGAUUCAGUGGAGAAAUGGCUUAAUAAAUCUUUGUGCCUGGAUUGGGUUAAUUCUGAAAAGGAUGAUAAAGACAAUUUCGGUUGUCCUGCUCCAGAAGAAUGUCAAUUGUUUUAUAUUAAUCGUGAAACUUUAUUCAGUUAUCACAAAUUGCCUGAAACACUUCUUCAGAAGUUGAUGAAUAUCUAUUUUGCCUCUGAUUAUACUGCAAAUGCCAAUGCAAUUCAACUGAUGGCUGAUUCACCCGACCAUCAUUUAUUCGUCUUGCUUCCACCAACAGCUCACAAAAGUAAAGUACCAGAAGUCUUAUGCUUUAUUUUUCUUCGACUGGAAAAUGAAGAUUCACCGCUAAAUUGGGCUCAAGACAAUUUCAAUGCUGAUGGCGACUCAUCGAUCUCUAAACUAAUCCAACAAGAGUACCUGAGUAGCAAAUUAAUGUCACUUCAUGGAGCUCGUAUCAUUAAAAUAGCAAUCAAUCCUAAAUAUGAUUUACAAGAAUAUGGUUAUGACCGCAGAGCUUUACAACUUGUUGAAGAAUAUUUCAAGGGAAAUUUCAACAUAAAACUAAUGAACGAAGAGGUAACACCUAUUGAAAAAGUGUUCGAAAAGAUUGGCUUGAAUUUGGAAAUAACUCCUCGUAGUGAUUGUGAACCUUUGUUUUUAAAACUGGAAGAGCGGAAAGCAGAAGUUUUAGACUACAUAGUUGUUAAUAUUGGGUUAACAGGUAAUAUUUUGAAAUUUUGGCGUCGAAAUGGAUACACUCCGAUCUAUGUAAAUCCAGAGGCUAAUGAAGUUACAAGAGAACACGAUUGUAUUUUAAUCAAAUCUCUUAUCACGGAAGAUCGUGAUGAUGAAAUGGAUGUUGAUGGGACGAUUGCAGAAAAAGAAAAUCCCAAUGCAUGGUUGAUUAAUCUAUGGGAGCAAUUCAGAAAACGAUUCAUUUCACUUCUUUCUUGUAGCUUUAAUCAAUUGAAAGCAUUGCUUGCUGUUGAAGUUCUUCAAGAAAAUGAGUUUAUAAGUAAGAACAUUAAACGUCAACCGUUAACAAAGAUGGAACUGGAAAUCUACAUGACUCUCCAUGAUUUGAAAAGGCUGGAAAUAUACUCAACUUUUCGUGAUGAUUAUCGUCGAAUAACCGAUCUACUUCCUCAUUUGGCAAGGUUUUUUUUCAUGCGUAAAUUUGACGAAUCUGUGCAUUUGUCACCAGCUCAAUUAAUUAUCUUACUUGGAGUAGGUCUUCAAGGUAAGACUAUAGACGAAAUUGGCGAUGAAAUAGGAUUACCUGGCAACCAAAUAUUAGCUCAUUUCUUGAAAUCAGUUAAAAAGUUCUCAAAUUGGCUCAAUUCUAUCCAAGAGAAAGCAAUAUCAGAAGCAUUGGGACUAGAAAAGCAAAGCUAUGAAGCAAUUUAUUCUAUGAGACCAGUUCCUGGAGCCUUGGAUGAUGAAUUAGAGGAUGCCUCUGAACAAAUUAAGGAAGAAGAGCAAGCUAAUCGUGCUAAAUUAACACAAGAAAUGAAGCAUCUUGCUAAAUAUGCUAUUAAGGGAACUGAAGACGAAUGGGAUACUGUCUUGAAAGGCAAGCAUAAAUCAAUCGUGUCAAUCAAAACUGUUCAACCUAAAAAGCAGAAAAAUGAGAUCACUCCUUUGGAUAAGCCGGAAAAGAGGAAACAAAAGUUCAAAAAAAAGCAAUUUAAUAAGGAAUAAAAAGAAUGGCAAUUGACAAUUUAAUCUAAACUAUCUCCAAUAGGAAAUACUAAUGAAUUGAAUUUAUUUGAUCUGUAAAUAAAGUGUAAAACAUUGAGUAAAUAAAAAUGUUGGAAAAAAUGA